AGUUCCAGUCUCUGAGGGCAGCGGGCAUCAGCUGAGCAGCAGGUAGACAACCCAGGCAGCAGGAUAUGUGGCUGCUCUUGGUUCUCUUCCUUCCCGUCGUCCAAGGCUCUGCCCUAAGAGCAGUGUCCAGUGCAGUGAGUGGACCACUGCAGGGCUCACUGACCGUGCAGUGUCGCUAUGAACCCGGGUGGGAGACCUACCAUAAGUGGUGGUGUCAAGGAGCCAAGUGGAGUGACUGCCAUAUCCUCGUUCAAACCGACGGAUCAGAGCAGGAAGUGAAGGGUGACCGAGUGUCCAUCAAGGACAACUGGAAAUCACGCACAUUCACCGUGACCAUGGAGGACCUCAGGUGGAACAGUGCAGACACUUAUUGGUGUGGGAUCGAGAAGUCUGGAACGGACCUUGGGGUCGAUGUUAAAGUGACCAUUGACCCAGUGACCGUGCAGUGUCACUACGGCCCGGGUUGGGAGACCUUUGUGAAGUCGUGGUGUCCGGACACGGAUUUGAAUAGCUGCCGCAUCCUUGUUCAAACCACCGGACCUGAGCUGAGGAAGAACCAGCUUUCCAUUGAUCAGAAGAAGCGCACAUUCUCCAUGACCAUUUGGGGCGAGUGAAACAAGUUCUGAGAACAAUCCGCUGUGUUCUGAAGAGUUGCUUCCCAGGCAUUUUAUAGUAGGGCAACGCUGCUCACUCCGGAAAUCUAGAGUAUAGAGAAGGCUCUAACCUUAGAACUCCUCCAUAAGUUCCUGCUUUGCUUUUCUUGAGGCACAUUUCAAAAUACCUACUUGGAGUUGAGCCCAGGAAUAAUCAGUGACCUCUGUCCCAACCCUGGUGUAAGUAAGAGGACCUGCCAUCCUGCUCUGGGGCUCCUGCUCCCUCAUGGUCUGGGACGGAGGACCGCCCUUCCCAGGCUCACUGGGCGCCUCUCCCCUACCGUUCUAAGCAAUAAAUGUUGUGACUCUC